UUCGGCUUCUGGAAAAACUACUCGUUUGAGCGAUUGUAAGCAGACGAUUGGAGAGUGGAGUUCUAACGAAAAUGCAUGCUGCAUCAGACACCCCUCCCUCUUUGGCUGAAUGGUUUCUCCCCCUGCCCUCUUCUUUUCCUAAGCGGUUUCCCCAGAGCCCUUUGGAUGAGAGAAGAUCCUCAGUGAGAAUAGAAGUUGCAGAGCGGGGGGUGCAGCACAGACCCUCUAAGCACGGAUGCCAAAUUUAUAACCUACAGCAAAUUACCGGCCCCAUUCCCUGUCCUUCAUAUUGGAACAGAGUGAGAAAUGCUCUGCCGAGUGCUGCUGCUUUUGCUGCUGGGCGCUGCGGUCCGCUGCCAGCUCAGAGGCUUGUUUCCUGCCAUAUUAAAUCUUGCAAGCAAUGCACAAAUUUCCACUAAUGCUACCUGUGGGGAGAUGGGUCCAGAGAUGUUCUGCAAGCUUGUGGAACAUGUGCCAGGAAGGCCAGUUCGCAAUGCGCAGUGUCGUAUGUGUGACCAGAACAGCAUCAAUCCUAAAGAAAGACAUCCAAUUACUAAUGCUAUUGAUGGUACCAAUGACUGGUGGCAAAGUCCAAGCAUACAGAACGGGCGAGUUUACCACUGGGUUACUAUAACCUUAGAUUUAAAACAAGUUUUCCAAGUGGCAUAUGUCAUUAUUAAGGCGGCAAAUUCUCCACGACCUGGUAACUGGAUCUUGGAACGUUCUGUCGAUGGAGUUGAGUUUAUGCCUUGGCAAUAUUAUGCAAUCAGUGACACAGAGUGCUUGACCCGGUACAACGUGACUCCCAGGCUUGGCCCUCCAACCUACAAGAGAGAUGAUGAAGUGAUAUGCACGUCUUAUUAUUCCAGGCUUGUGCCACUGGAGCAUGGAGAGAUUCACACUUCUUUGAUUAAUGGAAGACCAAGUGCAGAAGAUCUCUCCCCAAAGUUGCUGGAUUUUACCUCCGCAAGAUACAUCCGCCUCCGACUGCAGCGCAUUAGGACACUCAAUGCUGAUCUCAUGACCCUUAGUUACCGGGACCUCAGAGAUGUUGAUCCAAUAGUAACAAGAAGGUACUACUAUUCAGUUAAGGAUAUAUCUGUUGGAGGUAUGUGUAUCUGCUAUGGACACGCUCGGAGCUGCCCUUGGGAUGACGUUAGCAAAAAAUUUCAGUGCCAGUGUGAACGUAACACUUGUGGAGAAAGCUGUAGUGAAUGUUGCCCAGGAUACCACCAAAACCCAUGGCGGCCUGGCACCAUUUCAGUUGGGAACAAGUGUGAAAAAUGUAACUGUCAUAACAAAGCAGAAGACUGUUAUUAUGACCAAAGUGUGGCAGAUCGAAAUAUGAGCUUGAACAUCCAUGAGCAGUAUAUCGGCGGAGGAGUUUGUCUCAACUGCACUCAAUUUACAGCUGGAAUAAACUGUGAAACAUGUAUUGAUGGCUACUAUAGACAACAUAAGGUUUCCCCAUAUGAAGAGAAUCCAUGCAUUCCUUGUGAAUGUGAUGCUUAUGGUUCUGUUAAUUCAGUUUGUGUCACUGAUGAUAAUCAUGCCAAACCAGGUUCCCCACCAGGUCAGUGUCAGUGCAAAGAAGGCUACACUGGAAGAAAAUGUGAUCAGUGCGAAUUUGGAUUCAAGGGAUACCCCCACUGUGUGAGGUGCAAUUGUAGUCUAGUGGGGAGUGUGAAUGAGGAUCCUUGUGCUGAGCAAUGUCUAUGUAAGGAAAAUGUGGAAGGUGAGAACUGUGAUCAGUGUAAGGCUGGCUUCUACAACCUGCAGGAAAGGAAUCCGGAAGGAUGUACGGAAUGUUUCUGUUUCGGUGUGUCUGGUGUGUGCGAUGGCUUAUUUUGGCACACUACUCAGAUAUCUGAUGUUGUUGGCUGGCAUAUUAGUGACCUGCAAGGAACACAACAUCUUCAGCCCAAACAAGAUCAUUUUGAUGGCCCUCAUCAAAUAAGUGUUAAUAAUUCAGAGGCUAGGAAGGCAUUUCAGUCAGCUUUUUUCUGGGAGGCACCCUCAUCUUACCUUGGAAAUAAGCUGACCUCGUAUGGAGGGUACUUGCGGUACACAGUGUCUUAUGACAUUCCAGAGGAAAGUACAAACAGUGAGCUAAUUUCUGAUGUGGAUGUCAUUAUUAAGGGAAAUGGCCAUACUUUAGGCACCAGAAAUGAUGGUGUGCUGCUGCAACCCUUUGAGGAGCAUACUACAGAGCUAAAGCUUGUUCCGGACAACUUUAUGGAUUUCAGUACACGGAAACCUGUGGAUCGGGACAGACUGCUGACUGUUCUUGCUAACAUAAACCACCUAAAAAUCAGAGCUAACUACAACCAUGCAAAAAACACAAUAACAAGACUGAGCUCAGUCACUAUGGAUUCGGCAAAACCCAAUGUCAUUGCCCUCUUACCAGCUGUUCAGGUGGAAAACUGUGAAUGCCCUCCUGGCUACGCUGGCACAUCUUGUGAGUCUUGCAUUCCUGGAUACUAUCGUGUUGGUGGAACUCUCUUUGGAGGUAUCUGCCAGCCAUGUGAAUGCAAUGGUCAUGCAACUGAAUGUGACAUCCAUGGAGUGUGUUUUGAUUGUCAACACAAUACUACAGGGCCUCAUUGUGACCAGUGUUUGCCAGGCUUUUAUGGAAAUCCUUCACAUGGAACCCCACAGGACUGCCAGCCAUGUACUUGUCCUUUGAGCAUCUCUUCUAAUAAUUUUAGUCCAACAUGCCAUUUGUCCAGUGAUGAGGAAGUGAUCUGUGACCAGUGCCCGCCUGGUUACGCUGGUUCACGAUGUGACAAGUGUGCAGAUGGUUACUAUGGAAACCCAACCACGCCUGGGGGCCUGUGUGUGCCUUGUGAUUGCAAUGGCAAUGUAGACCCUUCUGAAAGCGGCCGCUGUGAUUCUGUGACAGGAGAAUGCCUUAAAUGCAUUGCUAACACAGCUGGAAGCCAUUGUGAAAGAUGUGCCGAUGGCUUUUAUGGCGAUGCAGUGUUUGCUAAGAACUGUACUGCAUGCCGAUGCCACCCAAACAGUUCCAUUUCGGCCACGUGCCACCACGAGACUGGGUUCUGUGAGUGCAAAACCAAUGUACUUGGACAAAGAUGCGACCAGUGUAUGCACGGCUAUUAUGGCUUGACUACUGGCCUGGGCUGUCUUCCCUGUAACUGUAGCCAAAUGGGCUCCAUCUCGGAUGCCUGCAAUGAUUUAGGGCAAUGCCCCUGUGUUCCUGGCGUGGCUGGAUUGAAGUGUGACAUUUGUGCUCAUGGAUUUUAUGCAUUCCAGGAGGGUGGCUGCUCGCCUUGUGAUUGUGCACACACGCAGAACAACUGUAACCCCAACACUGGAGAGUGUAUUUGUCCUCCUCACACAAUUGGGCCUAAAUGUGAUUCCUGUGAAGCAAACUACUGGGGCCAUGAUCCAGAACUGGGCUGUCUGGAGUGCAAUUGCAGCAUCGCAGGUUCGCAAACGCUUCAGUGUGACCUGUCGUCUGGCCAAUGUCCUUGCAGAGAUGGGUUUGGAGGGCAGACUUGCAAUGCUUGCGCUUUUGGAUUCAGGCAAUACCCCAGCUGUGUUGCUUGUGAUUGUGAGCCCAGUGGUACCCAAUCUGCCUGGUGCGAUGACACACAAACUGUGUGCAGCUGCGAGGAAGAUACUGGUGUCUGUGCUUGUAAGCACAAUGUGGUGGGAAGUUACUGCAAUGAAUGCAAGGCUGGAACCUUUGCUCUGCGUGCUGACAAUCCACUGGGCUGCUCCCCGUGUUUCUGUUCUGGAGUAUCACAGCUUUGCACAGAAAUGGAUGGCUAUGUUCGAAUUCCCAUUUCCUUAAUCCCAGACCAGCCGCUGCUUCAUGUUGUGUCUCUCAAUAAUCAAGAUGGAACUACAGAUGGGGUAUUUUCCGAGUUCCCUGAAUUGUUACUUGAUGCAGCCAUGGUAAAGCAGCACCUGGAUUCCGAAACAUUUUACUGGCAAUUAUCUGAUCAGUUCCUGGGCAAUAAGAUUAUGAGUUACGGAGGUCAACUAAAGUAUGUUAUCACAUAUUAUGCUGUGGGGGAUUCCGGUGUUUCUGACUUUGAGCCAUACAUUUUAAUGAAGGGUGGCCGUUUUAACAAGCAGGUCAUCUAUGCAGACAUUCCUCAGCCUGCCAACAGAGUUAGAAGUGAGAUUAAAAUCAGCUUGACAGAGAAUAAAUGGAAGUACUUCAAUGCUGUAUCGGACCAAUCAGUCACAAGAUCAGAUUUCAUGUCUGUUUUAGAAAAUGUUGACUAUGUUCUGAUAAAGGCAUCCUAUGGCUAUGGACUGCACCAAAGCAGAAUCUCAAACAUAUCAAUGGAUAUUGCUGUUGAGGUAUCAGAAAUGCAUUCUGGCCGGGAAGUUGCCCAUCUCAUAGAGAUAUGUGAAUGUCCCCCUGGAUAUACAGGACUGUCCUGCCAGGACUGUGCCCCGGGGUAUUUCAAAGAAAAACCGACAGAGACCAAUGUACGAGGCUCCCAGCCUUUGAUUGCCCGCUGUGUACCGUGUCAGUGCAACAAUCACAGUGACAUUUGUGAUCCAGAUACAGGGAAUUGCCAGGACUGCAGAGACAAUACAGCAGGGCAUCACUGCCAUGUAUGUGCUUCUGGAUUUUAUGGCAGAGUCACUGGAACAAUUGCAGACUGCUCACUGUGCGCUUGUCCAAAAGGCAACACCCAAAGUUUUAGCCCCACCUGUGUGCUUGAAGGAAUUAGUGAUUUCCGCUGCAAUGCCUGCCUGCCGGGGUAUGAAGGGCAGUACUGUGAACGGUGUUCUCUUGGUUAUUAUGGAAAUCCCAAUGAACCUGGUGGCACAUGCCAGAAGUGUGACUGCAAUCCUAGUGGAUCACUGAAUAAUGACUGUGAUCGAAUAACUGGUCAGUGCUCUUGCAAGCCAGGAGUUACAGGACGCCUUUGUGACACUUGUGAAAUAAGACACAUUCUUCUCGAACAGGAAUGCAUAUCUUGCGAUGAUGACUGCACAGGGCCACUGCUAGAUGAUCUUGAUAGCCUGGAUAUGGCCAUGCGCUCUGUUAACUUCACGGGGGUCAUCACAGUGCCUCACGGUAUCCUGUCACAACUGGAAAAUGCCACACAACAUUUAAAGGAUUCUGUAUCCAGAAGAGCCAACACAACUGUAAUAAAGAAGACAAUGGAGCAACUGUCAAAGAUGUCUGAAAGUGCAGAUGAAUUGCAGCUACGAAUGGCACAAUCGACCAGUCGCGGUGAAGCAGUGAACAAUUCGACCAUCAGAACCCUGAAUAAGACUCAAGAACUGGUGGCGUUUAUUGAAAAAAUGCAUGAAACCAUAAAAGUGCUGGUUGAAGUGGCAGAGAGUUUGAAUGGCACAAUAGCAAAUGACGCUCAGUUAUCUAACAACACAUUGCUGAAUUACCAAGAAGAUGUGUCUUCUAUGCUUGGACAUAUGACCUCAAAAUCCUUUAACGAUCAACAACUAAUUGCUAAUGAACAUCUUAAGGCAUCAGAAGGAUUAUUGAGUAAAGUUCAAAAAGAUUUUGGGAAGCCACAUCAAGAUCUAAAAAAGAUAAAAAAAAGCCUUGAAGCUACUCUAGAGGAACAUACUAGAAAUUUACAAAGUGCCAGAGAUAUCCUGCUGGAAGCAGCUACAAACACCAACAGCACCAACCACCUGCUUGUUCCUAUUCAGAAGAACCUGACUGAUUAUAAUAUGAAAUCUUUGAACCUCCAAGAGAACAAGAACCGUACAAUGAUGUUGGUAGAGGAGGGGCUGUGCCUUGUUGAUGAUGCUGUUCUGCUUGCAGAGGACACUAUUAAUGCAACAUCUGUUUUGGAGGCUCACCAAGAAGAGCUGAUUCUGUGGAAUACGAAGUUGAGGCAUCACGUGGAUCGUCUGGUUAUGCAGAUGGCUAAAAGGGAUGUGCUAGAACUGGUCUAUAAAGCAGAAGACCAUGCAGCCAAUCUCUUGAAAAUUUCAGAAGCAAUGAACAGUUCUCUUUUAGAUAUAAGGGACACAACACUGAAUGCCACCGUUGCUGUCCUCCCUAACUCAGAGAUUAGUCACAUGGUAGAACAAGCUUGGGUGCUGGCUGACCAGUCUAACCGCACAAUUACUGAGUCUCAGAAGUCGGUGUCUCUGCAGUCUACAUGUGAGAGAUCCAUGAUGUUCAGCUGGCAGCUUCUAAAUGAAGCCAAGAAUUUAAGUCGUAGCACAGAAGGUCUCAUGACAGACUUGAAUAAACUGAAAACCAAAGUGGCUAAAAUACAGAACCGCACCCUUGCUUUUACCCUUCAGAUAAAUAAGCAGCUUCUUGCACUCACAAUGUUACCCAAUGAUACAAGUGAAAAGCUCCAUAAUGCCAAAGAGCUUGCCUUGUCUGCCAAUGCCAAUGCUGCUGGCACUUUAAGCCACAUCAUGAAGUUCAAUGAGGAAGUGCUGAACACCACCUCGGAAUUGUCGAAGGUUAAUGACACAGUGCAGAAAACCUACAAACUCCUAAAAGACUCCAAAAAGACAGCUGUGUCCGUGGGAAGCAAAAUAAAAGAAGUGGAGACACAAGCCAACAUUUUAUUGGAGAGGCUGAAACCUUUGAAAUUACUUGAAGAAAACCUAAGCAGAAAUCUGUCGGAAAUAAAAGAGCUGAUUAGUCAGGCACGCAAACAGGCAGCUUCGAUUAAAGUGGCAGUUUCAGCUGACAGAGAUUGUGUUCGCUCUUACAAACCAGAAAUCUAUUCUUCUAAUUUCAACACUUUAACACUGAACGUGAAAACCAAUGAGCCUGACAACCUUCUGUUUUACAUAGGCAGCAGCACCAAAACGGACUUCAUGGCAGUCGAAAUGCGAAAUGGGAAAGUUUCCUUCCUUUGGGACUUGGGCUCUGGCACCAUGAAACUAGAAGAGCCUGAUGUGAAAAUAAACAAUAACAAGUGGCAUAAAAUAAAUAUCGAAAGAUUUGGUAGGUCCGGCACACUGAAAGUGGAAGAAGUUGUCUCCUCACAGAUAUCCUCAUCUAAAACCUCAGUGUCUCCAGGAACAUCAGCCAUACUCCAUGUAGACAACUCAACUCUAAUGUUUGUUGGAGGGCUAGCAGGACAAAUAAAGAAGUCCCCAGCAGUCUUGACAGCAGAUUUUAAAGGAUGUAUGGGCGAAGCAUUCCUUAAUGGCAAAUCAAUUGGCCUAUGGAACUAUGUUGUAAGAGAGGGCAAAUGUGGUGGAUGCUUUUCAAGCCCACAGGAAGAAGACAAUGCUUUUCACUUUGAUGGCAGUGGAUAUUCCAUUGUGGAAAAGACUCUUCGUUCUACUGCAACACAGAUAGUCAUCCAUUUCCGCACCUUCUCUCCCAAUGGGCUCCUGCUCUAUCUUGCCUCCAAUGGAACGAGAGAUUUUCUGUCUGUGGAAAUAGUGGAUGGGAAGGUGAGAGUUUCAGUGGAACUUGGAUCGGGGCCUCUAGUUCUGACAUCAGACGAGCGUUACAAUGAUGGAUUAUGGUAUAAAGUUGCCUUCCACCGCAACAGAAAGCAAGGUAAUUUAAUGAUUAUGGACUCCUACAACUCCAGCACUAGGGAAACCAAGCAAGGAGAAGCUCCAGGCAGUGCCUCAGACCUUAACAGAUCAGAAAAGGAUCCUAUAUAUUUAGGUGGACUCCCACGUUCCAGGACUGUCAGGAGACAGCUCAGCAGUAGGUCCUAUGUUGGUUGCAUAAAGAAUCUCGAGAUUUCACGUUCCAACUUUGACUUACUGAGGAAUGCCUACGGUGUAAGGAAAGGCUGCAAACUGCAGCCAAUUCGUAGCAUUACUGUCUUAAAUAAUGGCUAUGUGGAAAUGUUGCCCAUAUCACUGUUGCCAGAAUCAGAGAUGAUGGUAUCAUUUUCUACAUUGAAUGACACGGGAAUUAUCUUGGCUGGACUUGGCAAGGGGACAGAGAAACGCAGCCGAAGGCAAGCUCAUCUGCCAUUCUUUGCUAUAAUGCUCAUCAAUGGCCACGUUGAAGUACAAAUCAAUGCAGUGGAUGGAGCCAGCACAAGAAAACUCCUGAUUAAGUCUCCAUCUGGAACAUACAGCGAUGGACAGGAACAUUCUAUUAUUCUUAUUCGCAACAAGAGACUUGUGAGUGUUCAGGUGGAUGAGGGAAAGCCAUCAGAAAUAAAGCUGAAUGGCCCAUCUGCUGAAUCAGUGGCUAUAAAUACGUCUAGCUUCUAUGUUGGUGGAAUGCCUUCUAAAGCGGGUGCCCCUAUGCUGAGAAUAAGUCAGUCGUUCUAUGGAUGCAUUCGCAAUGUGAUCCUCAAUAUGGAGCAGAUGGAUUUCACAAAGGUGUUAAUGUAUGAGAACAUUCACAUGGACAGCUGCCUCCUGACUGAGAAACCUAAGCCCAUUGUUCAUGUGGAAGAACUGGAAGUGCAGCCAACACAUAUACCUGCCAGGCCUGUUACAGAAAGGAAAGUACCUGUGACUACAGUGCAGAAACCCCACAUCACCAAAGCAAAUAAUAAACCUGUACAGUGUGCUAUGGAACCCCUGCCAGAUCAUGUGCCUGAUGCACAUCAGUUUGGACUUACUACUGGAAGCCACAUUGUGCUGCCUUUUAACCAGUCUACAGUCAGAAGAAAGUUAUCAGUUCAAAUGACUCUAAGAACAUUUGCCACCAGCGGCCUCAUUUACUACAUGGCUCACCAAAAUCAGGUUGACUAUGCUGCACUUCAGCUUGUUGAAGGAAAACUCUAUUUCCUAUUGGAUACGGGAAAAGGACGUACUGUAACCUCUCAUCCAGCUGAUAUCAGUGAUGGGAAAUGGCACACAGUGACAACUGAGUACAUUAAAAGGAAAGGCACCAUUACUGUUGAUGGGCAAGAAUCUGUAUCAGCCAGUGCCCCAGGGGACAGUAGCACUCUAGAUGUAGAAGGGAAGUUGUAUCUUGGUGGGCUGCCAUUGGAUUAUACAGCCAAGAACCUAGGAAAUGUCACUCACAGCAUCCCAGCAUGCAUCAGCAAUGUUAUGAUAAACAGCAAGCAGCUACAGAAAGAUAAUGCCAUUUCCAUCCAUGCUGUGAAGAAAUGCUAUGCGCUAGCACAAAAGGGAACUCACUUUGAAGGAACAGGAUAUGCUGCUCUAGUUAAGGAAGGUUACAAGGUUCGAUCGGACGUGAACAUCAGCUUAGAGUUCCGCACUGCUGCUAUGAAUGGUGUUCUUCUCGGUAUUAGUAGCGCCAAAGUUGAUGCCGUUGGUUUGGAGAUUGUAAAUGGAAAGAUUUACUUUCACGUCAACAAUGGUGCUGGUAGAAUAACAGCCGUUUACACUCCUGAAAACAGCAGCCCCUUGUGUGACGGGAAGUGGCACAAAAUUCAGGCCAAUAAAAUAAAACAUCAGAUUGUCCUCACUGUGGAUGGGACCUCAGUUCAGGCGGAAAGCCCUAAUGUACAGUCUACCUCUGCCGACACCAACAACCCAGUUUAUGUUGGGGGAUACCCAGCCGACGUGAAGCAAAACUGCUUGACUAGCCAGACUUCAUUCCAUGGCUGCAUAAGGAACAUGAAGCUUGUGAAGGGCACGCAGAUGGAGGCUAAUGACUUCAGCAAAGCCUUUGAGAUGCGCGGCGUCAUCCCUCAUUCCUGCCCUGGGACAGAGCCAUGAACACAAGAUAUAUCACCUAAUUUAUACAUAAAAGGAGCAUAUUCAUCAAACACAUGAGAUAAUCUAUAUUCAUACUCUGUUAUUUAAGGAAACCCACUCAUCACACAGAGUGUCACUUUAGACACUGAUGUAUUACCCAUACAAUAACAGAGCAUGAAGCGGUUUAAUAUAACCCAUUAGAGAAAUAGACCUUUUAUUGUCUGAUGCAAAAAAACAUUCCAGGACAUCUCCAUUCCACUUAACAUGUACAUCUCAGGAAUACAAUAUUUAGACAAACAAAUCUGCAAUUAUGUUGGAAAUAAAGGACAGGUACAACAAAAUACCUCCAGUAGGAUAUUGAUAGCAUUACAUUGGGUAUUUUAUUUAAAUGUUUAUUCCUUGUUUACUGCUGGAUUCUGCCAAAUACUUGGCAGUGUUUUGAUUCAAAAUUAUCAGUGUUAACUGUUUCUAAGAUGUCAAAUUCAAAUCCAGUUCAAUAAAAACCUUUGAUUUA